CUAACCAGCUGUGUAGCUAGACAGCUAGCCUCGCCGGUUUACUGGCAGUUAAUCUCCUUGCGUUAUCACCAGCUAACUUUCACUGUAUAUUACUGAACUGUUUCAUAACUGCAUGACAGUGACCGUGCUGUCUAUGCGUUGCUGUUUUGCAAAAUAUUCGUGCAGCUGAGGCGCUAAAAAUGAGAGAAGGUGUGUGUGUUGUGUGACUCAGCUCCUGUGUAGCCAUGGAGAAGCCCUGGAGGCUGUGGGGGGCGAUGGAACGUUGUACCCUGACUCUGGCCUCCUGGUCCUGGGGUGCUUGUCGAGUCUCCCUUUUGGCCCUCAUCCUCACCUUCCACCUGUAUGGAGGAUUCUUUCUCCUUGCUCUUAUCCUAGCCUCUGUGGCAGGCAUCCUUUACAAAUUCCAGGAUGUGCUCCUCUACUUCCCUGACCAGCCCUCCUCCUCUCGCCUUUAUGUUCCCAUGCCAACAGGAAUCCCGCACGAGAAUGUGUACAUUCGCACCAAAGACGGUGUGAAGCUUAACCUCAUCCUUCUUCGCUACACAGGAGGGGACACACCUCCUGGAGUCACCCCUGGCAACCAGAGCAGCCCCACUUCCUCUGCUCCGCCUACCAUCCUUUAUUUCCAUGGUAAUGCAGGUAAUAUUGGUCACAGGGUACCAAACGCCCUGCUGAUGCUCGUCAAUCUGAAAGCCAACGUGGUGCUUGUGGACUACCGUGGCUAUGGAAAGAGUGAGGGUGAGCCCAGUGAGGAUGGGCUGUAUCUGGAUGCUGAGGCCACACUGGACUAUGUCAUGACCCGUCCUGAUCUGGACAAAACAAAAGUUGUACUAUUUGGACGCUCACUGGGGGGUGCUGUGGCUGUGCGCUUGGCAUCGGUCAACCCUCACCGUGUAGCAGCCAUCAUUGUUGAAAACACCUUCCUCAGCAUACCCCACAUGGCAGCCACUCUCUUCUCCUUCAUGCCCAUGCGCCUGCUGCCCUUGUGGUGCUACAGGAAUCAGUUCCUGUCCUAUCGACAGGUGGCGUUGUGCCGCAUGCCCUCGCUGUUUGUGUCCGGUCUGUCGGACCAGCUCAUCCCACCAGUCAUGAUGAAACAACUGUAUGAGCUGUCUCCUGCGCGGACUAAACGCCUGGCUAUCUUUCCAGAGGGCACGCACAACGACACAUGGCAGUGUCAGGGCUACUUCGCUGCUUUGGAGCAGUUCAUGAAAGACCUGCUGAAGAGCCACGCCCAUGAGGAGAGUGCUCAGCCCUCAGCGAGUGUCACCAUUAUCUGAAAUCAGGGAGCGUUGACUACAGAAUAUGGGCUGGAGGGAGUGAAUUCUGUCACAGGAAUUGGAUGGACUUUUGGAUUUUUGGAAAGAAUGUACAUUUUUUAUGCUUUUGUCUGGGUUUCUGUUUUAUUUUACUCU